AAUUCUAAAUUCAUGAAUUCAUUUCUUUGCCCCUGAUGAAAAUAUACCUUUAUUUUUUUGCCCUUUUUCAAUAAAAUUAUCGAUAUAGGAUAAUUCAAAUGGAAUACACCACUUUCAGGAAUUCAUCAAGCUUCCCUUGACUUAGAAAACUGUGUCUGGAAAGAAAGACGCUUUGUAAAUCUUCAUGACGGAGAUGGGAAGCACAACCAUAGAAGGAGAAGCUCAUGUUAUAAAUAUUGGAGAAGUAAACAAGGAUCUUUUAGCGUCUAUGCACAAGAAACUCUCGCAGACGCCGACCCUAUUAAGCAACUCAGCGGGUAGAAGAUCAUGCUGUAUUUUCAAAGUUCCACAGAGCUUGAUUGAUAUCAAUGGUAAGUCCUAUCAACCUCAUAUUGUCUCAAUUGGUCCGUACCACCAAGGUGAGCCUCACCUUAAAAUGAUUGAAGAGCAUAAAUGGAAAUAUCUAGCCUCCUUUCUCAAUAGAAUUAAAAAUAAUGAUCUAGGUUUGGAAGAUUUUCUCAUGGCUGUUAAACCACUGGAGAUGAAAGCUAGAGAAUGUUAUUCAGAAACAAUUCAUCUUAACUCCGAUGAAUUUGCUGAGUUAAUGGUUCUUGAUGGACUUUUCAUUAUUGAAUUGUUUCGAAAAGUUUUAGGAGUUGUAAAAUCUGAUCCUGAAGAUCCGCUUGUCACCAUGACAUGGAUUUUACCAUUUUUUUAUCGGGAUUUUCUUCGCCUUGAGAAUCAACUUCCCUACUUUAUUCUUGAAUGUUUGUUUGAUUUAUCAAAAUUUCCCGGAGAAAACCCUAGCCCCUCUUUAGCUACGCUUGCUUUGCACUUUUUCAAUAACACCAUACAAAGGCCGGAUAAAGAUAUUGCAAAGCACCAUAGCCUAAGGGGCAUGCAUUUACUUGACUUGGUCCGCCAAAGUUUGAUUCCAUCUGAAAUUCGAGAUCAUCCUGUAAACGCUAAUAUACCAACACAUGUUAUCCAUUCGAUUUCGAAGCUUCGCCGUGCUGGAAUUAAGCUAAAAGCAGUGAAGGCAGAAAGCUUCUUGGUGGUGAAAUUCAGGCGAGGAGUAAUCGAUAUGCCCACCAUUAAUAUUGAAGAUUUUAUGACCUCUUUUCUUCAAAACUGUGUUGCAUAUGAGCAAUGUCACUCAAGUUGCUCCAAGCAUAUCACAACUUAUGCUACACUGUUGGACUACCUUGUGAACACAGCUAAAGAUGUUGAGUAUUUAUGUGACAACAAUAUUAUUGAGAAUAAUCUUGGCACUGAUGGGGAAGUCGCUCGUUUCAUCAACAAUUUGGGGAAGGAUGUGGGAUUUGAUAUCGAUGCGUGCUAUUUGUCGAAGAUGUUCAACGAUGUGCACGAGUAUUAUCGCAACAGUUGGCACGUUCAAUGGGCUAGCUUCAAGUAUACAUAUUUUGAUACUCCAUGGUCAUUUAUAUCGGCAUUCGCUGCUCUCAUUCUCUUGAUCCUUACUAUACUGCAAACCUUGUACACCGUUAUUCCUUAUUAUGACCACUAAAAAAAGUGUAAAAGAUUAUUGGAAUGUGUUUAAAUUGUUUUGCUUUA